AACCUCCAUAAAGCACAGCGCGUGGAGGGCUUUUGUUGUAGGUUCUCGUGUUGUUCAUGAGCGUUCACUGACGUUCUUCCUAAAGCGCUAAUCUUACAGCUAAGUGGAUGUAGCAUUACUUGCUCUCUUUGAGUCUAUAGAUUUAUGUUUUUAUCCAGGUCAUCACCGUAGUACCGUGUUGACACUCGUCAACGUGCCCUGCUCCCAAUGUUUACUUCUCCGGCAUGUCUUCUCCAGCCAGGGAAAAGUAAUGACUUGCUCUGGUGAAGAUAAUUUAAUCGCGAGUAGAUUGAAAAGCCACCAUGUUCCUACGACAUAUAUUCAAACUGCUGUACGGAUAGUGUACCGGCUACCAGCAGUUUAAACAGUUAGACAGCUUCCUCUCUCGGGCAGCGAGCUGCUGUCGACAAUUGCAGAUCCUCUCCGGUUCCAUGAUGGCGAUGUUUCGGAGCUUUGUCUCGGCGAGUACCCAGCUCCGUCAGCAACAACAGCCCAGCAGCGGCUCGGGCUCGCCGGCAGCCCCGGCUGAGGGUAUCGAGAGCCAGUUCUCUUGUCCCAUCUGCCUGGAGGUGUACCAUAAACCAGUCAGCAUCGCCAGCUGUGCUCACACGUUUUGUGGGGAGUGUCUGCAGCCAUGUCUUCAGGUGACCUCACCCCUCUGCCCUCUCUGUCGUGUGCCCUUUGACCCCAAGAAAGUGGAGCGCUCCUCCAGUGUGGAGAAGCAGCUGGCCUCAUACAAAGCACCCUGCAGGGGCUGUAGCAAGAAGGUGGCUCUGGUAAAGAUGAGGUCCCACAUUGCUUCCUGUUCUAAAGUACAGGAGCAGAUAGCCAACUGUCCCAAGUUUGUCCCUGUGGUACCCACCUCCCAACCUAUUCCAAGCAAUAUUCCAAACCGGUCAACAUUUGCGUGUCCGUUCUGUGGGGCCAGAAAUCUGGACCAGCAGGAACUAGUGAAGCACUGUAUGGACAACCACCGUAAUGACCCUAAUAAAGUGGUUUGCCCGGUGUGUUCAGCCAUGCCAUGGGGAGAUCCCAGCUAUAAGAGCUCUAACUUCCUCCAGCAUCUCCUCCACAGACACAAGUUUUCUUACGACACCUUUGUUGACUACAGCAUUGAUGAAGAGGCAGCGCUGCAGGCAGCUCUGGCACUGUCACUGGCUGAAAACUGACAAGACACACCACUACCACCACCCUCUCAUCAUUAGUACCAACUCCACCAUAACUGCUGUCACUCUGCAUUGCUGCUGCUCCUCCCUGGCACACAAGGUAUCAUCCAACCAACAGACAUACCUGACCCAGCCAGGUUCACACAGUGUCUGCAGAGAUCCAUAUCACAGAGAAGUCCAGCCAGCUUCAGAUUAGGUGAUAAACUCACUUUCCUUUCACUCCAAGGAUGUUUUUACUCCAGUGUAGCAGUACAGCCAGUUUUCUAUGUUCCAAAACAAAAGCUUGUGUGUAUAUUCACUGGUUCAUUUGAAUUUGAUGAUUUGAAGACAAAACAUCCUGUGGGUUUGGAAUGGACCCAGUGACUAUAUCAAGAUAAGCUAUGUUAAGUGGUCUGAACCCAAACAAAACCCAUCACCCACUGAUUUUAAAAAGGACAACCUACAGCUUGGAAAAAGUCCAUCUACUCCCAGCUUCAGUUCACCUGACAGCUGCCAUCUGGACCAUCACAGCAUGAAGGGCUACCUCCAUGGAAAUGAGUUUGAAACACCUUGAAGCCUGCUGUCUUUAAACCCCUCACCAGUAGUUCUGGUCUCUGACCCUGCUAGGAGUCACUUGCUAGGAAGUCCUGACUGUUACUACUUGGUUGAUGCUCAGCCUGAGAAACAGUGAGCAGGGGUGCAGGCUCCAGUUUCUUCUACAGAGUGGUCUGCAGUGACCAACUUUGACCUAGAAGAUUUACUUUUUACAUGUCUUACAUACAGUAGAUAGGUAGCAAGAGCAAGCUGUAAAGCAUUUUGCUAAGAAAUUAAGAGUAUAGAGUAUAAAACACAACACAGCUCCUCUAUUCAAGCAGCACAGACAGGCUUGUUGACCAGAGCAGAGGAGUUUCUCCUGUUGCUCAGCUCUGCAGGAAAUGAAAGGCUUUAAGGUGACUUAGUGACUGAGCAGCUUGAAGUGUGGUUGCAUGGUAACACCUGCAAUACUACUGUCCCUGACAUCUUCUAAUGUUCACGGUCAGUAGAUUAGAGGUUCCAUUCAGGGCAGACUUAAGCCCAAUUUAUACUUUCGACAUCUGCUUGUAGCAAAGUAAAUUUCCUCCUCUGCCCUUGUCAAUGAGGGCCUGCAUGAACCAUUUGCCCCAACAAACAUAUACACUCAGUUUGCAGGUUAUUAGAAACACCUAGCAUAAAGUUGUCUAAUCCAUCAGUCCUGUAAUAAAUCCUUCUUGAGGGUUCUAAUGUUCAGUUUGUUUUGAAACUGUUUUUUGGGAGGUGUUGGUUCGACUGUAUGAGGUUGCAGUUUGUGGCACUUAGCAGAAACACGUCUUUGUGUUUCUGUGUAACACAGUACAGUUCCCGAGUCAUGUUAGAUUGUGUUAGUUUUACCAAAUUGUUCCACUGUCUACAUCUGUUUUGGACUAUAUUGGGCCUUUCAGCCAAAUACUAAUGCUGUGUGUAACCCUAACUUCUAUACCAAAUGUAGGUACAGUUAAACCCCAGGUUUCCUUGCCUCAUUGUCAUCUCAGUUCUUUGACUGAAGGCUCAGUCACAGAUGUAGACACGAAAGCUUAAAGUUGUGGAAACUGCACAUAGUGUGACUGGUCAGUCUUGAUGUCAGAUUCUAAUGGCAGGUUGUUAGACUUGGCAAACAAAAGCUACUUAUUAGAAUACUUGUAAGAUUAAUCAGGUUUUCUUUACUAAUUUUUCUGUGGUCAAAGAUUGAAUUAAAUAUUCAGUGCACUUGAGUCUCUUUGUCAGUUGACUGCAGCAGUUGGUGUCUGGAGCUGCAAAUACAUAAGGAUCCUUUAACUGGGUCCAAGAACAACUGGACUCAUUGGUAAAGUGACCCCAAGAGCCAAAUAUGGAAGUGUUGAAGUUAGCAGAGCUGUCAGAGACAGCCAGCCAGCUUACAUCUGGACCUGUGGGACUGAUGAGCGCUUGUUCCUGUUAACUGUCACAAUUCCGAUACAGCAACACCAAAAGGAAGCUUCAUAGGCUGACAUCUGAUACAAAUCCUGGAAGCUGAACCAUAACUCAUCCAUUACUCUCAAUUCCAUUCACUGAAGACAACAGAGAGACCUAAACCUAAGAGACGACAGACUUAUAGGUUUGUUUCAUGUGCAGCUUGAACACAUCACUUUGCAACAAUGAAGAAAGGAUGUCCAUGUCCCUAAUAGCUCAAAAUGCCAAUAAUACCCUCAUCAACUUAACAGUAUGUUAACGUUUACAAUAAAAAGACUUAAGCAGCCCAUUCACUGUCACCCCCAAAAGCAGACAGUUCCUGUUUUUUAUUCGUGUGAAUAUUUGCACUUGUUAACAUUUUUUUUCUAUCAGAUUGCUCUGUUGAUAUUAGCUGGAAGAAAAAUUCUGAAAGGGUGGAAGUGCUGGAUCGAGGUCUAACCUCCAUUUUACAGUUACCUGCUUCUUCAACUCUUGCUACAAGGAAUAUUUUUAUGAUGCAUCUGCCAAGAUAGAUGAGUAUAAAAAGAUAUAUUUUUGGAAAAUAUUUCCGUUUCAAACCACUGGACUAAUAUCAGACAUGGGUCAGAUAUGUGUCUGCAACCUUUCUGGGAUACUGAAGUUGAUUUAUAAACUUGAAUUGCUGUUAACACAUGUGUACACACACACGUACACAAUAAACUUGUACAGGACUAGAGACAAUGGGACUGGUUGAACAGAGCUGUUUUCUGUAAUUUAACCAAUAGAUGGCAGUCCUUCUCCAGUCAUGCAGAGCACGCAUAGCCAUACAGAAGCCAACAUACACAUACACAUAGAAAUAUAUGGAGGCAGGUUGUGGAGAAAAUAGGAAAGCUAACUUUAUGUAAUGUUUCCACAGAAGGAUGCAUCCAUCAUUUGCACUUUAAUUCAUUCAGUUUUUUAAUAAUAGUUGAAAUUCAUUUUGUAUAAUCUUAACUCUUGUUUAAUGUUUUUGCAAUUCAAUUUCAUUGCAGAAUGAGUGUUCUGUUUUAAAAAAAAUGCUGACAAAGAUCUUGUAAAUUGUUUUAUUUGUAUUACAGAAAUGUCAAAUAUUUGUUGACUUAGUACUUAAUUUAAAUGGGCAGCAUGUGCCAUUUUUUUCUUCCAAUAAUGUUUUUGUUGUCAAAAUAAUUAGAAAUGACUGAGAAUGCUCUUUAUGCAAAGCAAAGCUUACAAAGCAAAGCACCCACAGUGAACACAGGAUGGAUUCCGUGGUGAAGGCCAUGUGAAGAAAACCUGUUGUCUUGUGUUCAGGUCAUUGUGUGAUGAAGGUUGACGGUGGGAAAGAUUCCCGUAUUUAUGACUUGAGAGCAUUCACAUCAGCUGAUGACUGAAACAGCUGUAUGAUUGCAGAUUUGGUCCUGUGAGGGUUAAAAAUACUUUGCUUUGACAACAUAGAUUUCCAUUCUUAGAGAUUGGGUUUAAUUACCUUGAAUGAUGAGCUUUGGCUAAUGACAGUGCCAUGUUGGAUAGAUCAAAACUUGCAGAAAAAAGAGUUUCCCAGUCGCACUUGCAGCCCCAGUGUUAUCUGGGUUAUCUUAUUGUGGUAACGCCAAUAUAAUAUGAAUGCAGCAUUAUCUCAGAUCUCAGAAUUCUGUCAGAAUGCACAGAUUACAGGAGAAUUGAGGUGUCUUCAUACUGAUCAUGAAGUUUUGCAUUCCUUGUACUUAUUUUUUAUUUUGCCCAGAACAGAUAGUAAUGGACUGUGUAGAUGUUAGCUGUCUGAUGUCAAAUGACUCAUUUCUGUCAUUUUCCACCACACUCCCCUUAGUUUCUCUUGUCUUUGUACAUGAACUAGUUAUAAUAGUUAUAAACUGUUGGGAUAAGCCCAAAUCCUUUGGUCAUUUUUUCAUGUGUUAUUUCACCUUAAUUUGUGAAAUCUAUGAAUUGAUUUAAAAGGUGCUGCACCACCCUAAAAAUUAACUUCAAAUUCAGUCUGAACACACCUCUCUGAUACUGAAAAAUCCAAAUGGAAAAAGUCUCAAUUCUGCUAUCUUUUUCUCAAAAUCUAAUAUUUCCUCUUCAAAAUUCAAAGCUAUUGUGAAGUUCAGGAAAAACAGAUAACUGAUUAUAUUAGUAUAGGGAAAUAUUGCACAGGGAAAAGAUUCAUCUCUAAACUGGUGUCAGUAUUCCUCUUCCAUAAACUGCAUAUCAUACUGAAAAUAUAAAAAUGGAAAUCUUUCACAUAAAUGAAAGCCAUUUUUAAUAUUUGAGUCGGUUCCCACCCACUUGCCUCAUACAAAUACAAUUCUUUCUUUUGUUCAUUGUUUUUUAUAUUCGUGUUAUAGCAGCCUUUUCUAGAUGUUUGUUACCUGAUGCUUGUUCACAGCACUCUUACCUCUGUAGCAGAAUUCUUAGAUUCUUAUUUUGUUACAGUUUGUGUACUCCACAUUUAUCAAUGUCUAUCUGCACUCUUCAGUUAAACACAUUUUCCAAGAAAUGUAAAUAACCUGUUUUUGUGCUGUUACAUUUACUGUUUUGUGAAACUGUUCCUGCUGAUGUUUAGAGGCAGCUGUACAGGUUUACAGUAACUCAGCUCACAUACAAAGAGGUUCUGGCCGUCUAGGUUAGCUUAAUAGCUGGGUAUCUGUUUUCUGGUAAUUCACUUGUUGGUUUAUUGUCUGUUUCCUCAGUGAGGAAACACAAAGGAAAGGAAACAUUCUAAAAAGAUUGUAUCUCUCCCCACCUGACUUGGCUACCUGACUGCCCAGGGCUCAUAUUAACUUUAGGGUACGUUUUGACAAUAACCAAGGUCUGUGGAUGUUAUCACCAUUUCUUCACUACAAAGGGAAUGCUGCAUGGCUAGUAUAGAGAGAAGGCUUACAGUGAUUACAGCGACCACACUCUUUCAUUGUACAGAUGAGAUAACGUGAGUAUUGUUUUAUGAUAGGCGGGAGGAAUCCACCUAUCCUUUAAAUGUUGCUAACUAGCCAGCAGGGUCAUUUAGCAUGCUAAUGCUACCUGCGACUGGCACAGCAGCCACUGUGUUUAGCCUGCUAAUUACAUUAUCUAAACCACUGUUACCCAAUAGCUGUUACUAGCUUAGAACCUCCAACUUCACGUAACUUCAAGUAUAACUGUAGCCUGCUUGAUCCAGAUGGCUAACAGGGUGUCAGGGAACCAAGUGAAGUCAGUCUAUAGUAAAAUGCUAUGGCACUAUACAGCUGAAGUGAGUCAGGUAUCUUUACCUUAUGGAUCCAGAUUGUUGAUGAAGUUCAGCAGUCAAAGCUGCUCUUUGAUAGUCAUAUCUUGACCUGCCGGCUCCUUUAAAGGGCCUCACAACUUUUUCACAUUAAGGUCAGUUUACUCGUCAUGGUGAGGCCUACUCUGUUGAAACGGAUAUCUUCUCUGGCUUUGGAGGGGGCAGCCUGAUCUCUUGGGAAGUUGGAGAAGGAGAAAAUACAUGGUAAAAGUGAAACCAUGACCAAAACCUUAAUCCCAAAGCACAGGAGUAAAACUGAAAAGAAGGCUUAGGCGGGCUUAGGGUUAGGUGGGUAACAUUUUCAUGUUAAUUACACAAAAAUAACCAUUUGUGUUAUUGGGUAAAAACAAAACAAACCCUGGAACCCCUUGCCAGAAAUAAUUCCUAAAAGUACAUUUAAAGUACAUUCAAACCAUUACACUGACUUGAGACUAAACUGAUUCAACUUCUCACUCUGAAGUGGAAUUCACUGAGGUCGUAUUUGUGUGGAAAGGGAUGUUUGAAGACAAAUGUUUAAAGAGCAGAUAUGUCCAUCUAAAGUCUGCCUUCAGUGUGACUCAAUAUGCAUUCUUUUUAAACAUAGUAAUAAUACCAAUAAGAAGUGCUGGCAGUGACACUGCUGCUGGAGAUGAUGCUGUCUUGAUUUUCCAGCUGUUCACUGCUUGGGGUUUUUCAAAACACUAUUAAGAUUUUUUGUAGCAUUUUUUUUUUUUGCCCUUAAAUAAAAUAGAAAAACCUAA